AUGUUGAUACAUUGUCAGAUUCAAAUGUCGAGGAACGUGGUCAUCAUUGGCCAUUCUGGGGUGGGGAAAAGCUCACUCAUCAACAUGCUUUACCCCAAAGCCAGCGCUCUUACCUCAGACGACAUAAAUGGUUGCACAACGGCAGAAGAAGUGUAUGGGCCCUGUGAUAUUGGGGAACAGCAAUAUUGUCAACUACACGAUACAAUUGGUCUCGAAGAAGGGAAAUGGAGCUUCCUUUGGGCCUCGAAAGCGGAAAAGCGACUCAAGAAAUACUUGAAGACAAUAAACCCGCACCUUCUAGUAUACUGCAUGCCAGGAGUGAGAAACAGCCUGAAAAAAACCACACGGGCACAACUUUAA